AUUUCUUUAUGAUAUACGUAUAACGAUUUGAAAAAAAAGGAUGACUGAACAUUUCUGAUUCUAGCAAUAAUAUAGUCCCUGAAUAUUUAUCUUUUUUCUUUCAUAUCUACAGAAGAUAUGUUGCGUUGUACGAGGUACCGGUGCAAUUUGAAUAGAGUUCAAAACGAAAGCUGUUACUAGGAACAAACAUUGCUGAGAACGUGAGGACAAGCAAAAUCUGUGAACUUCUCUUAGAUGGCGUCUUUAGAUGGAGAGGGAUUUUCUUAUUCUGAACUAGAGAUUUUGACCAGUGUUCCAAUUCAUGAUGUCCUCAAUAGUCAAUCUUGGUCCGAAAGACGCUUCAUAGAAACCGCCAUAGACUGUCGUAACAUCCAAAAAUCUUUAUUAAUUUUGAAAUUAUUCGUCAAAAUUGCAACUAGUGACGACAAAGCAUGCCAAGAACAAAUCAACUUUAUUUUUACUAAGUCUGUUAACCAAACAUUUUUCUCGCAAAUCUGCGCACUUCUGAAUGAAUUGAAAGAUAUUUCAACUGAUGUCAGAAAUGAUUAUAUGACCAUUUUGGAAUGUGUUUUACAAGUUUUACAAGAAAUAUGUAGAAAAACACCUUCGUUGUCCUUGGGCGCUCUAGGACUGUGUUCAUGUUUAUCAUCAGUCGUUACUACGCUGAUACUCUCAAGUAACGAUGACGCCGUUAUAGAACAUCUAUCAAACAUUAAGUGAUACUGAAGAGAUUCAGAAGAAUAUAUCCGACAGAAUAGUAAACUCGCAUACAGAGAAAUCGAAAAGAAACAAGACAAAAGAUAAUCGGAAGCCCCCGAACAAUUUCCGAGAUCUAUCAAUAGU